AUUUAACCACGCUGAUUGCGAGUGAUGAAAAUAUUUUGUCAAAAAGUUGCUUCUUCAAACCAUUGUCGUCAAAUCCAUUUGAUCUAUAUAAAAUGGCUAGCUUGAAUAAACUUGUCCAAGAUCUUGGAGAGCAGAUCAAAGAACUUGACCGGUUGAAAGGUGAAGCUCAAUUGGAUUGUAAUCGACAAUUUAUCCAGAAUGAAAUCAAUCGUUUGUCAUUGGUUAAACUGAAUCAUGAAAAAGAACUGGCCAAGUUGACAAGUAAUUUUGGCCAAAGUGACCAAUUGGGCGUCAUUGCGGUUACCAAUUACAUGUGGGAUCAAAGUAACGAACAUAUCAAAAUCUAUAUUGAAUUGGACAAAACAGAAAAAGUCGACAAUGGCGAAAUUCGUUUAGAAUUCUUGUCUGACACCAAGUUUACCUGUAUUUUUGGUAAAUUCCGUUUUACAUUGGGACGUCUAUUUAAACCAUUGGAUCAAGCAAAAAGCAAAGUCAUUAUAAGCAAAUCGAACAAAUUGGUAAUUACAUUGUACAAAGCCAAAUCGGAACAUUGGUCUUCGCUUCAAUCAACAACAGGCACUAGCCCCAAAUUGAUGGAUGAUAAGAAAGACAUUGAUUCGGGUGAUCCGGAAAAAUCACUGAUGAAUCUAAUGAAAAAGAUGUACGAUGAAGGUGAUGAUGAAAUGAAAAGGACAAUUGCUAAAUCCUGGUACGAAUCACAACAUAAGCAAGGAAUGCCAGAUUUUUCGCCAUAGAGCAUGUUAUUACAUCCAUCCAUUAUAAACUAUCUUUAAAUCAAUCAAUUAAUAAAAAAAUUUUUAAUUU